CUUGCCCAACGAAAAACCACCGAAGAUGAUCUCACGACGCGACAAAUUGCUGCAGCAGCCGUGGGAGCAACUGCGGUAUGCUCAGCACCGCGAGAAGGUCAUGUCCGCCCGCCCAGCCAUUGACACUCACUCGCCGCGCGCCCACGAGCACGUACAGCGGAAGUGGAAGAAACAGCAGGUCGAGCGGGAGCGCCAGCAGCAGAUCGAAAGGGAGAACUUAAGGCUCCUUCAGAAACUGGGCGAUAUCAUGCGCACCAAGCGCAUCAACAACCUCUGGCUGGAGCCAAGACCCAAUUUUCUCAACCGAGAGAAGCUGUUUUCCACCCGCCCGUACUCCAGCCUCCCUGAAAUCGUAACAAUUUACGGAAAACAACCGCCUGGUCCUCUUAUCUAUGGAAUGCUACCCAAGCCAACAGUCGUGGGUCGUUGUCCCACUUGCAGUGGAAAUCCGGAGCGGACCGAAGUAGCCAUACCAGAGCCACGGACUCCUUGGGCGCCGGAAAGAAAGUCCUGGAAUCGCAAGACCCACGAGCAAGUGAAGCAGCAGCGAUGCUACCAUUGCGGAUUUUUAAGGACCAACGAACGCAAGUUUUUCGAGGAGUUCUCCUACUCAUAUUCCUACGAUGAAUGAUGAAGCCCGUGGAUUGUAGGUCAAAUAAAAAUAAAUGCAACUUUA